UAUCUCUCUUGCUUUCUUUGUUAAAACACAUUUGUCUGCGUGUGUAUAUAUACAUAUACAUAUACAUCUAUAUAUAUAUAUUGCUCCACCUUCUGUUUGGUUACAGAAGAAGCACACCAAGUUCUCAUCUUUUAGAGAGUCCAGAGCCAAAAGAGAGCUUCUUUUCAGGUCUUUUAGGUUCAACAUUUGAGAUCUGAAAUGGGUUUAUUUUAGUUUUUUUUUUUCCUUGACAGUUUUUGAAGUUAUAGCACUAGUUGUCGUUUGAGCUCUUCAACUGACAUUUCCUUCUUUGUUUCUCCUUUUUUGCUUGCCCAAGAAGCAAAAUCACCCCAAAAAAAAAAAAAAAUGGUGAUAUAAAGAAAAGAAAUAUUCGUGCUCUUUUAGCAAAGGAGGUUCUAUUAAUCCCACACAGAUCUACUUGGUCUCUUUUCUCUCACAACACAAACGACAACAAUCUUCCAUAACUAUUCUUUCCUCUGCUUCUCCUCUGUUUUUUUUUUUUUUUCCUUUUUCUGCCCAAAAAUGGAUGCGAUAAAAUCCACAGCUAUUCUUCCCGACACAUUCGGAGGUGCAAGAGACGACAUUGCGACGCAAAUAGGAUUGAUAUGGGGACAGAUCAAAGCGCCAUUGAUAGUUCCCCUGCUUCAGCUUGCUGUCGUUUUGUGCCUAAUCAUGUCGCUGAUGCUCUUCCUCGAGAGAGUUUACAUGGGCAUUGUUAUUGUCCUUGUAAAGCUCUUUGGCCGUAAGCCAGAGAAGCGUUACAAUUGGGAGCCCAUAAAAGACGACCUUGAGCUCGGAAACUUAGCAUAUCCCAUGGUUCUUGUUCAAAUCCCAAUGUACAACGAAGGGGAGGUUUAUCAGCUUUCAAUAGGAGCUGCAUGUGGGCUAUCAUGGCCGUCUGAUAGAAUCACAAUCCAAGUUCUUGAUGAUUCAACUGAUCCAACAAUCAAGGACUUGGUGGAGCUAGAGUGCCAGAGAUGGGCAAGCAAAGGCGUAAACAUAAAGUACGAGAUAAGGGACAACAGGAAUGGAUACAAAGCCGGGGCUUUGAAGGAAGGAAUGAAGCGUAGCUACGUUAAGCAUUGUGAUUAUGUCGCGAUUUUCGAUGCGGAUUUUCAACCCGAACCGGAUUUCUUAUGGCGAACCGUUCCUUUCCUUGUGCACAACCCGGAAAUUGGUCUGGUUCAGGCUCGGUGGAAGUUUGUGAAUGCUGAUGAGUGCUUGAUGACUAGAAUGCAAGAGAUGUCACUGGAUUACCAUUUCACUGUGGAGCAAGAAGUGGGCUCCUCCACCUAUGCCUUUUUUGGAUUCAAUGGGACAGCUGGUGUGUGGAGAAUUGCUGCACUAAAUGAGGCAGGAGGAUGGAAGGACCGUACAACUGUGGAAGACAUGGACCUGGCUGUUAGGGCAAGUCUCAAGGGCUGGAAAUUUGUGUACCUUUGUAAUCUUAAGGUGAAGAAUGAAUUGCCUAGUACUUUGAAGGCGUACCGAUACCAACAACACCGUUGGUCCUGUGGUCCAGCCAAUCUUUUCAGGAAAAUGGUUAUGGAGAUUGCAAGGAACAAGAAAGUGACAUUGUGGAAGAAAGUGCAUGUGAUUUACAGCUUCUUCUUCGUAAGGAAGAUUGUGGCGCAUAUCAUUACGUUUGUCUUUUACUGUGUCGUUUUGCCAGCAACUGUUUUGGUCCCUGAAGUUCAUGUUCCGAAAUGGGGAGCUGUCUACAUUCCUUCUAUCAUCACCCUUCUCAAUGCAGUCGGGACUCCAAGGUCACUCCAUUUACUAGUUUUCUGGAUCCUUUUCGAGAAUGUCAUGUCGUUACACCGCACAAAAGCCACGAUCAUCGGCCUACUAGAGGCCAGCCGGGUGAAUGAAUGGGUUGUCACUGAGAAACUAGGAGAUGCCCUCAAGGGAAAAGCAGCAAAAGCGCCCAAAAAACCGCGAUUCAAGAUCGGAGAAAGGCUUCACUUGCUGGAGCUUGGGGUAGGAGUUUACCUUUUCUUCUGUGGAUGGUAUGAUGUGUUAUUUGGGAAGAACCACUUCUUCAUAUACCUUUUCGUCCAAGCAAUAGCCUUUUUCAUAAUGGGGUUUGGAUAUGUUGGUACCUUUGUCCCAAACCCUUAGUGGGGGACUCUGAAAAGGAAGGAUCAAGUUCUUCUCUUCCGUUUUAAGUUCUCUCUUUGCCAUGUGCCUCCAGUGCUUCAGCAGCAUUAUGUCUUCUUUUUCUUUCAUUGUGAGUUGUAUCCUACUACAGGUUGUUUAAAAAAAAAAAAAAUGGUGGAGGGGAGGGAAAAAAAAUGAAAAAAAAAAAUGUCAUUCUUUUCAUCUUCAGCAUAAAAGUUCGAGUUAGCGACUCGAAUAUGGUAGUCCUUUUGUGAAUAUUCAUGAAAAAAGAUUUAUGGAAAUUACAGUAGAAAAUGGUGUAUGAGGAAGUGCAGCAAAUAUAUAUAGGGGGAAAAAAAAAACAAGUGAGGGAAGCUUAUGGGAAUAACCCCUUUGGCUAGGUCGAAGCACUUCUUUGAAUGGUUUGCUUGUAAUGGUGAAAUUUUGUAGAUUUCAACUUUUCUUGGAUUUGUUUGGCAAAAAGUACCAAGUUGUUAAAUGGCAUAAAGUUCACAGUUA